AUGGCGUCCUCGCGGUUCGCAGAGGAACUCCAGCAGGCUCUGCCGAAAGAUGUGAAGCUUACAAUCCGGCAUAUAGCUUGCCCAGCCACCAGAUGCGAACCCAUCUUCUCAGCUCCGCCUGACGAGGAGCCAGAAUGUACUCACAGCAAAGGCCAUUUCCUUGCUGUCUCCAUCACGCCAGAGAAACACGACAUUGGCGGCGCUGAGGGUGACGGUGAAGUACUUGUGUUCGCAAUUGAGGUUUUGGUGUACACCACAGCGCGCCUCACUACUGUUUUCGUGUCCAAAGCCGACUCAACAGGUUACCUUUAUCUCUUAAAAGACCCUAAAGCGAAGUCACUCACACGGACAGUUUUUACUGUGUUUCUAUCUAACAUUCUGCAAGAAAAUCAUCAGCCUGGCGUUCGCCUUGUAUUGUCUCUUUUCGCCCGUGCACAAAACCAGUAUCUCUUCCCUGGCAGUAUAGCGAAUUCACAUAAACAUGUCCUAGAUGACCGUGGCUUAAUAAAAUGGUGGUGCCGCGUUUUCGACCCGAUCCUCCGUAGCUUCGGCUCCGAAAGGCAUUUGACAAGCAAACUAAAGAUAAACAAGCAGGAGGGUCCGGACAUUGCAGAAUCUAGAAGAACUACUAGCACUGCAUAUCUAGUCAUUCCAGGCUGUGACAAAUACGAAACCAAGGCCUUCUUCCCACGUUUAUCCAAGCCGGAUUCCCCGAUGACUCCGCGGUGGGUAAAUAGUUAUCCAGUUCACCAGCUUUGUGUAAAUCCGACUGCACCUCCGCGAUGUCUCAUUCCUCGGUUCCCGGAUGACCCCAAAGCGAGAUUUCUAGACGAUUUAGACGAAGAGAUGUAUACCACAACCCCAUUAAAGAAAGGGCGUGACCAACAAUGUGUUCGCGAUUUUAUUGACAAAAGUGAAAUAUCUGCUGAGCAUGUGUCCCGUGGGGAAUGGCUAAGCAUCAAAACCCUGGGACAGUUCUGGGAAAUGAUGACCUUUCGUCAAGAAUGCUCUGCCGGAAGACUGGUUGGAUUUCUGUGGAUGGUCAUCAACCCGCCUGGCAUUCUCAAAUCCGAUGGAUUGAAGCACAUAUCAAAACAGCCCAGUUUGCGAGAAUACCCAACCAGACCUAGACUAGAUACCAUGACUACUGAAAAUGCUGGAAUUGCCGUGCGGUCACGAUUUGCGCGACUAGAUAUUAAGGAGGAAGGCACAGAUAUGGCUAGCUCGAGUGAAAAGACUAACACACCCCCUUAUAAGGAAGACUCUGGCUCAUUCUCGGAGAGCAGGAAAAGCAUACCAUCUCUUGAACAUACGCGACCAAUUCUCCUCUCUGAAAAAAACUACAUCAUUGUCUCCGACUUUCUCCUUAAACUCGACUUUCGUAACCAAAGCCUUGCGCUCAACAGCACAAAUUCCUGGAUUGACAAACUUUCUUCUCUUUGCGAGAAAGGUAUAUCAUCCAACGGUGAAGUCAUAAUUGGCACUAAUGAAUCGCCCGAACCCUCAUGCUCACCCCCAGAACAACCUCGGGCCGAUCAGCCGCGAUCACUGGACGGGACCCUAGCUAUCAAGAAACGCAAAUUGCAGGAAGAGGUUCAACAGAAUUUCAUGUCUAACAACCAAGAGCGGAGUUUGGCAGUAAAUAUUCUAGAUACUACGCUAAUACGGAAGAAGAAAAAGACGUAA